GAAUGGGCGCCAACUGUUUCAUCAACGUAAGUGUAAACGUUGCCUUUAAUCCUCGUUCGAAAGCUGCUUAACAACGUAACAUCCUCAUGGUAUACUUGAAUAUGUAUGGAGCGUGAAGUAACACAAAGGAAAACAACUAACCUCCACCGAAAAGAAAAAACGAAAAAGUUAAUUGGUUUCGCGCCGCGAAAUGCAAAUGAUCCCAAGCAAACGCAUGAUCAGUCAUGCAUGAGACGAGUAAGUCGUUAAUAGCAGUGGUCAAUAUUACUGUUAACCGCGUGACUGGGAUACUAUGAAUCUCUGGUGAAUAUCUAUUGAAUGAUAGCGAUCACUGAAUGUAAAUUUUAGCUUAAAGAAACGAUGAAGUGUGAGAAAAACACACUUCCUUUUUUUACUAAGUUACUUUGCAGUCGUUGCGAUUAAACUAGAAAAAUUGACAAUUUUCUCCGCAUAAGGCCAAAUUUCUACUCUCCGAAAAAUCUAGUGGCUCUCAUAUAUUACCAAAUUAACGUUCUAUCAUUGUGAACAUUGCAAGGCCCUCUUGACUGUCACUCGCUGGCAAGGAUUAAACUUUAUUUAGUUUAUGACGGUUUCGACGGAGGUCAUCGGUCCAUCUUGUUUCAGGCAGAGCAUAGACGGCUCACAUGUCUGUUUCCGUGACAUCCGACUGAUGUUCAGUGAAAGAGUUGAUGUCGAAGGUUGAGUCCAUGCCAUAGUUCGAAUUUUUGAUACUGAACGCCUUUUUCUCUCUCUAUAUCCGGAUAACAUGUCUGUACGAUCAUAAAUUCAAAUGGUUAUUAAUAUUGAAACAUCUUCGAGGUGACGAUACUCUUAUUUUGAUCAAAAUGUUUCUUCUCACAAGCUGAACGAUUGGGUUUUGUAAAGAAAACAGUUAAAAGAAAUUGGAUACUGAUAAUAUUAUCAUCACUGGAAUAGCCUAAUGGCCUUAAAGGACAAUAUUAUUGCGGAGUAUUUGUCGAACCGGCUGUGAUCAGCAGAAAUGAAAUUCGCUUGAAGAUUUUGGCGGAAAUAUUUAACAUUCCCUGCAAAUACACAUUUUGCUAAAAAAUUAUUAUCUGUCCUGAGUCACAUAACUCAGUUAUUGUAGAAAAACAGUAUAAAAGUAUGAAAGAUUCACGUUUAAAUCUGUGAUAAAAAUCGAAUUUGAGUAAAAAUACUUAUUUCUUAUCUAGUACUUUCUCUUUUAGAGUAAAAUUACUAAUAGCCAGUGGAAACCAAAUGAUUUGGCUAGCUUAUAGGGUGGACGUCACAUGCGAACCACAGCCACCUGUCAUACCUAUAUUGGUUUUGAAUAUAUUAAUAAAUUAGUGACAUAAAAGCGCGGAAAGGGCUAAGGAGACCGGUAGUACUAUUGAAGAUACGUUGAUGUCGAAAACGAACUAACUCGUUAAUAAAAUGGAUAAUAGUACUUGCAGUAGCGAACAAGAAGAUGCUGCCAACCGAUGUCGGUGGUUUCGCAUCAAUUGGAAAUGGUGCAAAAUGGGUAGCUCUAGUCUUGGAAUAAAUAUCCGCUUAAAUCCAGUGGUGUCGCUGGUGUCUGCUCUGAUUAUUUGGGGCUUUGUCGCUUGGUGCAUAAUAAAACCGGAGACAGCGAAUUCUACGAUGGCCGAAUGGAAAACAUGGAUCACCGCUACCUUUACCUGGAUGUACAUUGGUACCCAAGACGCCUGGGCUGUAUUUAUAAUCGUUCUGUACUUCUCCAAAUACGGCAACAUGAAACUGGGAAAACCGGAUGAAAAACCUGAAUUCAAAGACGCGACCUACUUCACCAUGCUGUUUGCCGCUGGCAUAGGGAUCGGUUUAUUCUACUUCGGAGUGGGUAUGUUUACAGCAGUUAUUAUCGUAGUCAGUACUAUUCUAGCAAUAAUUCCUCGUUCGACUUAUUUCAAGAACCUCGAUUUUGUAAAAAGGCGUGUGAGAUGGAGCGAAACCGGUUGAACUGCUGGUGAGAAACAUUAAUAUUUCUUGCUUAUCAGAACGCUAGUUUUUUAGUCCUAUAAAAAAAAAUAUGCGAAGGAUAUCAAAAUCUCUACUGCGUCUUUGAAAUAAAAAAUAAAAUAAAAAAGGCGAUUUCAUAAUAAUAUUUCCUCAGGGUCCUCGGAGUGACAUUUCGAUUAUUUCUUUCGCACAUGCUCAGUAACCCUCACAUCGAGUAAAACUACUUUCCUCGGGUUAUAGUACAACUUCCCACAUGUGGCAGUAAAAUCCCAAUGAUGUCGUCACGCGUGAUAACCUGCCACUCGACACGUCAGACGAAUAUAAACUAUUAAAAGUAUUGUUUACAGACCGCAGAAAAACCGCGCGCUAUUUAUACAACUGUACUCUUUGAGUGAUUUUACUAGCCAACCACGUGGGAAAACUCUUUCAUUUUCUUAGGGGCUUAGGUUGAAGAUGUAUUAUGGAAAAAGCCGUUAUUUUCGUCAUUUUCGAGCGGUACCGAACCGACUUAAUGAUAUUUAUUUUUUUGAAAAGAUAGAAUUGCGUGUCCUAGGUUAGACGUUGCACGGCAUUCGAAUGAAUGAACGGCUACUCUUAUAAAUCAAAUAUCUUACAACCUUAAAGUUGAUAGAAAUCACUUCAGUUGUAUAGGAUUCAGGGAAUGAUGUCAUUUAUGUUGUUAAGAUCAGGGACCACUCAACUGCGCCUAACUAAUAACGGCGAGCAAUGAUUUUCAUAGAAUUUACAAGCGGUUCGAUUCUAUCGCUAACCAGCGAUGUCACGUAUUCCGUCGCAUGAUAACCCAAUAGAAACCAAAAUAUUAGCAAUGUGACACUCCUUUCGUUUUCUCUGUUUGUUCUUGUUUUUUUAUUUUUUUUUUGUGGUUCAUACCAUCCAUCUGUUUUGAUUCUGUAAGAUUCGUUGCGUAUUUCGUUUUCGAUAAUAUUCCAUUUUACAGUAAAAGCACUUUUAAAAUUCCCUGCCUAAUGCCUGAAAUCAUUUAUGAUACUAUUUACAAUAUCCAACUCGAUUUAGGUCCAAAGAGCAUUUUACUCGAAAUAAUAACUUAGCUUGAAGCAAGGUUAUUAAUGGCGCUUCAUGUGACGGACGUCAAUUAAAGAAAAGGAAAUGCAUUACGGUGAAUAAAUGAAUACUCCACAUGGCAUGACAACUGGAAUUCAUUCACAUAAAUGAAUGAAUGAAUCAAUGAAUGGUUAACGUAUAUUUUUCGCGCGCUUUAUGAGUACAAAGUUCAAGUGGACCAUUUACCCACGCUUUCAAAUAGCAUAUCGCUGUGAAAAUUUUAAGAAUGUUCAAGAGCUUUGUUCACUGCUUUCAAUAUUGACUCCUUGUUCAAUGAGAUUAUGAAAUUUGCAUAAUUAUACAAUAUCGUAAGUAAGCCAGUCAUCUGCCUCUCAACCGCGGAAUAGUCAAAUUUUAUAUUCUUACUACCUACAACACUAUUCCUGCCUGUGCGGAUUUGGACGGUUAACAAUACGCAAAAAUGUAACAUUCUCACUUGAAUUUCUAAAAGUGUACGGCAAAGGGAACUAUUUUUGGUGUUUUCUGUGAACUUCAAUUGUGUUUCUGACUUAUGAGUUCACAAGCGUAACAAUUCAUAUUGACUGAUUUACAGGAAUAAUUUUUGGCAUUCCAGUUCUUCCGAGUCAAUACACGAUGGACCAGUUAAUUAUGUGGCAAUUGAUAUUUUACCCUGACCAGUUCCCCUCAUGCUAAUGUGGCUAUUCUUGUGUUACAGCUGAACCAGUAUGGCACUACGCACCUGGUAAACAUGGAAACCGCUAUUGGGACAGGUAUGUAGAGGAUAUUCACUAAUAUAUAUGUCAGCUAUAGUGGCACAGAAAUAACAUUUGAGUUACUGUCUUUAGAAUCUGCCUCUCACGUGUAAAAGAUGAGUUACUUAAAAUUUUUCCGACAGCUGUGUGGGCUAUCUUGAAAAUAAGGAACGGGGAAUGAAAGAACAGGAAAUGGUGGAACAAGGAAAUGGGAAGGGGAAUGGAGAAUGAGGAAUCUUUUAAUCGGGAAUCUUUAUAUGCAGGAAUCUUUAAAGUAAGGAAUCUUUAAAACGGGGAAUCUUAAAACGAGUAAUAAAGCGAGAAUCUCCAAAAGCAAGAAUAUCUAAAACUGGGAAAUCUGAAGUGGGGAAUUUUUUAAAUGAGGAAUCUUUAAAUUAAUCUUUAAAAGCGGGAAUCUUUAAAACGGGGUAUAUAAAAUAUGAUUUAUGAAGAGUUUGAUACUCGGUCGAAACGUUCAUCAAUCAACUGAAACCACCUUUAUUCACGAUUUGAAAUUUGCUUUAAUCAAUCUAAAAUAUCAAAUUAUAAAAUAUCUUUGAUACCUGUACUUUCAACACUUGCUCUUGGUAUCGUGCACCAAAAAGAACCUGCAAAGGCUCUCAUACAGAAUCGAAACAAAUGAAUUUUCAAGUAUGCCAACAUUAACUCAUAGGUAAUUAAUUAACCUCAGUAAGAAAUUCAAUCAUGUUGACCGUACAUUAAUAAGACUGGGAAAGGGCAAAACGUUGCCUGUCGCGUCAUUAUAUUUUCCUUGCCGUUUUCCCGCCAUCUAGAAUAGCUUUGGGAGAAUUUGGCUUUUUAUAGGUUGUUGUACUUUGCUUGAUGCAGUGGACAUAUUUUUUCCUAUGAUUUUUUCGGGUGAAUGGUAAUGUAUGAAAAUACCGGUCACACAAUUGACAAUAAAUUCAAACUAAUCGAAAUCAGAAACAAAAAGAUCAUAACACUUACAUUAGACAUAGAGGAUCUUUUAACUCUACAUUCUCCCAACUGUUGAAUGUCAUUGAACCUGUGCACGGGUUCCUUUGUACUCACGUGAAUUUUCUGCAUGUUACUUCCCAGAAUAUUAUAAAUUGCAUCAUGUAUUUCCACUUAAUCAGUAAUUUGCAGCGCUACCUGUCACCAUCUCUGAGUCGUAGGUCUAAAGUACUAUUGACGAUAUUAACUGAACUUGCGAUGAGGCGCUCUUUUUUUGCCUUCUUUGCUUACCUUACGUCAACACUGAUGUUAUCAUGUGUCAUACUAUAAAUGUGGGCCAAUUCGAUUUUAUCGGAAAUUCAUGCGGCUGUUGGAGGCGCAUAGGCGACAGAACGCAGUUUACAUUUUUACUUUCUAGUGAAAAAAAGGUGAAAUGCCUCUGCUUUAUCCGUCAAUGUUUUACGACUGAUCAGACAAAAGGCCAGAUUCUGGACUACGGGCACACGACUCGUGUGGUAAUUGUAUUAGGCGUUCUUUUUUUCCCUUCCUCCGGUUGCCCAAAAAAGAAAGGCCGCAAGUUAUUAUGGACUAAUAUUGACUUCACAAAACGGAAAACGCUGUAGAUCAGACUAUUCAAUCAUAAUUACUGACUUAUCAUUCAGAUCAAUCAAAAAAAUAAAUGUCGAGUGCCACUGCUAUCCGCCAAAACAGAAUUGUAACGUCGAGGAAACUUCAACCUUGAGGCGGGAUUUCCACUGUCGCGUAGUUUUACUUGUGUCGACAGACCUGAAUUUUAAAGCGUAAAAUAGGAAAAAAAGAGCAACUUUUCCACAGAUCGAUCAUAAAUUUUGUCGAUUUCAUUCCACGCUUUAAAAGAUUCUCCGUUUUAAGGAUUCCCCCUUUUAAAGAUUCCCGCCUUUAAGAUUGCCCAUUUUGAAGAGAUUGCCCAUUUUGAAGAGAUUGCCCAUUUUGAAGAGAUUGCCCAUUUUGAAGAGAUUGCCCAUUUUGAAGAGAUUGCCCAUUUUGAAGAGAUUGCCCAUUUUGAAGAGAUUGCCCAUUUUAAAGAAUCCCGCUUUUAAAGAUUCCCACUUUUAAAGAUUCCCCGUUUUAAAGAUUCCCCGUUUUAAAGAUUCCCCAUUUUAAAGAUUCCCUAUUCCCCAUUCCCCGUUCUCCGUUCUCCGUUCUCCGUUCUCCGUUCUCCGAUUCCCAUUUUAAAGAUUCCCCAUUUUUAAAUUCCCGUUCCCCGUUUUCCCAUUCCCGUUUUAAGAUUCCCCGUUUUAAAGAUUCCCCGUUUUAAAGAUUCCCCGUUUUAAAGUUCCCCGUUCCCCGUUCCCCGUUCCCCGUUCCCGUUCCCCGUUCCCCGUUCCCCGUUCCCCGUUCCCGUUCCCCGUUCCCGUUCCCGUUCGUUCCCGUUCCCCGUUCCCGUUCCCGUUCGUUCCCCGUUCCCCGUUCCCCGUUCCCGUUCCCCGUUCCCGUUCCCCGUUCUCCGUUCCCCGUUCCCGUUCCCCGUUCUCCGUUCCCCGUUCCCGUUCCCCGUUCGUUCCCCGUUCGUUCCCCGUUCCCCAUUCCCCAUUCCUCAUUCUCCAUUCCCCAUUCCCCGUUCCUCGUUCUUCCAAUCCCAUAGCCCAGCUGUGUAUGGGUUGGUGAUUCUUUCCAUCAUCAUUGAAUGGAAAGAAGCCAUUAUUGCUUACUUAUUGUACACGAGGAAAAGCAAAUGUAUUCAACAGACAACGGCAUAUUAAGAUGGAAAGAAAGCAAGACUUACGAAAAAUUUGGCCGAGUGAAACCAGUCCAGCGAAAGACCUUUUAAUAAAUCACAAAAAUUUUCGACUAUUUUUUUACACAACUAAAUUAUUUAACCAUUCCUUUGCCCUAGGUACACUGACAAUCAACGCGCUCAAGACUCCAUCAACUUAACUUUAUUCCACUGGGGAAUUCACGGAUGGAUUGUAUACGUUGUAGUUGGCCUUCUCCUUGCCUUUGUAGGAUACAGACAAGGGCUUCCCAUGACAAUGCGCUCCUGCAUGUACCCCCUCAUAGGUGACAAGAUUUAUGGAUGGAUGGGCGACGCCAUCGACAUAAUAUCAGUGGUUUGUACCAUGUUUGGCGUUUGUACAAGCUUGGGACUGGGUGUUAUGCAGCUCAAUGCCGGUGUCCAUCGCCUAGAAAGUUCAGUAGAGGUCAGCACCUUGAAUCAAAUUAUCAUUAUCUGGUGCGUAACGGCCUGUGCUACCGUCUCGGUCAUCAGUGGACUAAAACUGGGCAUCCGACGCCUAAGCGAGACUUGUUUUGCCUUAGGCGUGUUCAUUAUGAUGCUCGUGUUCUUCUUUGACUCUCCAUGGCACACACUAAACUUGCUCGUCCAGAGCACUGGUUAUUACAUGCAAACUGUUGUCCAACUUGGCUUCCACACCGACGCCUUCGCUCAACUUGGAAAUGCACCUGAUCGCAAGGAAAAUCCUGGGUGGAUGGACGCAUGGACCAUUUUCUACUGGGGAUGGUGGAUUGCUUGGUCACCCUUCGUUGGCAUGUUCAUCGCAAAGAUAUCCAGAGGAAGAACCAUUAGACAGUUCAUCAACGCAACACUCACCGCACCAGUGGCCUUCUCAAUCUUAUGGUUCUGCGUUUUUGGAGGAGCAGGACUUAAAAUGGAAAGAGAUGCUACUCUGGCCAAUAUAACAUGUGACUUACCUAAGGGGGGAACAAACGCUACCGAAUCUCUGAACGGUUUAUUCCGCCUGUCCUGUCGUGAUAAGAAUGACAUGUGGUUCGAUGUAAUGAGCCAAUAUGGAGACAUGGGAAGUUUUCUUUCUGUGCUCUCCUUGAUCGGCAUUGUCCUUUACUUCGUCACAAGCUCUGACAGUGGUUCACUUGUUAUAGACUGCCUGUCAGCCAAUGGCGACCCAAAGCCACCAGUCCUACAACGAGUCUUUUGGGCUCUAACAGAAGGUGCUACAGCCACUGCUCUUCUUUACGUCGGAGAUAAAAAGCACUGAAUGCCUUGCAAACAGUUUCUAUCGCGUCUGGAGUGCCAUACACAAUCAUGCUCUGCUUUAUGUGCGUGGCACUAUGGCGGGCCGUCAAAGUAGAGGCUGGAGACCUGGAUCCUAACGGUCCACAAUUCACCACUGGACUUCUGGAUGUUUUAAGUACCCCAACCGUCGAGAGCGUAUGUAAAGUAAUAAUCAGCAUCUUUGCUCCCUGGUACUCCAUGGGAACUGCAGCUGGAAUGGUAGAGAAACCAAAUGGUAGAAUGUGGACCCAUAUGCUGAUCAUGGCGCUACCGUUCUACGCUUGUAUUUCCAUGCUGGUUCUGGAACGCCUCUGCGUUUUUUCAGGGAUCUGCUACGUUGGAUAUACUCUGCUUUUGGUUUCUUUGCCUAUGCUACCGGGGUACGCAACUCGAUCCGCGAGAAAUACGAAAUCAACGGAAACGUAGCUGAAGACUUCUUCGCAGUCAUGGUGUUAUACCCAUUUGCUGCUUACCAGAUGGAACACCACAUGAAAAACCAUAAGCCGACGAAUCAUAUCCAAAAUGGACACUGUCUACCUGAGUCAUGUUGUAUACCUCUCGGAGAGAUGGAAAAACUAAUGGAUCCAGAUGCUAGAAAAACGGACGUAUAAUGUUUUUAACUCUUAGUAUAGAUAUCAUUUUAUGGGACUUAUAGUAUAAUUAAAAAAUUUUAAUUUAAAGUUCUUGUUCUGUUUAUGAUCAAUUUUAAGGACAAAUAUCAUAAGUUAUAAUCUUCAUAAGACAACAGGAAACGACAACUUUGAGAAGCUUUGCACGGAGAUUGCUAGGGCGCACAGUUUUCCAGCAGCUUGUUGAAUAAUAUGUAAAUAUUUAAUUUUAUUUAAAAUUUUGUAAGGUAAAAAUUUUAAUUUUCGCAUGUUUUAGCAGUAGCUCCGCUAAUAACACAUGACUGCAAAGUGUUGCAAAGCACAGUAAAGCAUUUUGAUAUGGAGAGUGCGCUGUACAAAUGCAUCAUUUUCGUUAUCUUUAUAUUUAGGACGAUGGUCACCUUUGAUCUUUAAAAAUAAUGCGAUGUAAGUAAAUUUGCGCAUCUACAGCUAUUAGAGAAUCGGCGACUGCUGUAACCUCAAAAGGUUGCCUAAGCGGCUGAGUAGACAAUUCGAACGCACAUAGAAUGUGAAGCGAUCUUUAAUGAUUGUAGAAGAUAGCGCUGAGAUGUAGGUUGUAUGGUAUGGUAUGGUAUGGUAAGGAACUCAGAGAAAAUACAACAGAAACUAAACUAAGAAAAAUGCGUUGCGAAAUGUUACAUUAACCUAACUAAAAAUGAAGCAAUUGCACAGAAAGCUGAAUACGACAACAACGCCAAUAAUACAGACAAAAGUUAAACAUCGUAAAUGCAGAAGAGAUAAAGACUUACUUUGGUCAGCUCCUAAUGACAGCAAAUAACUGACAGCGAUAGCAUCUAAGAACAAACUGAUAUGUAAUUUGUAAAAUUGAGUGGCAAUAGAAACCGGUUUUCCGUGUAUCCCUACUGAUUAAAAAAGUGAGGAAGGGUUUAAGGGGGAUGAUUACUUAAGCGGGGCGCGUGGUUGAUGUUAUGGCUUAGUAAAUGGGCGC